AUGCAUCAUCCAGAUUUAGCGUAUCUUCGGCAGAUUGUUAAGCAAUCUGAUCCUAAGGUAGAAUAUAAAGUGCUGGCGAACAUCGGUAGUGGCACAUAUGGGGAUGUGUACAAGGCACAACGACGUGAUGAUCGCCGACUGGUGGCCAUUAAGAUAAUGAAAAUCGAUCCUAAGGAUGACAUCCGAGCUAUAUGCCAGGAGAUUCAUACCCUCAUGGAGUGCUCUCAUCCUAAUAUUGUGCAGUAUUAUGGCAGCUACCUUCGCCUCAACAAACUUUGGAUCUGUAUGGAAUUUUGUGGUGGACAAUCCAUGCAGGACAUUUAUCUCUAUACUCGUAUUCCCCUACAAGAGGACUGUAUAGCAUUCGUUACCAGAGAGACACUAAAGGGCCUGCGACAUAUGCAUGAAAGAAAUCGGAUUCAUCGGGACAUCAAGGCAAUCCUAUUAUCUGGUGCAAAUAUUCUUCUUACGGAUCGCGGUGAAGUCAAGAUAGCUGAUUUUGGUGUUGCUGCAAAGCUGAGCACUUCGAUGAUUAAACGGAGCACGGUAAUCGGCACGCCUUACUGGUUGCGCUUCCCUUCAGUAAAGGGAGAACAGAAGAGUCUUCAAUCUGCCGUCAUUUAUCACAGCAGCACGAAAAUCAGUAGAACGAUUACGUCUACAGCAAAUACCGGAUUGGAUGGGCUAAAUGUGGUGAAAGGUGAAUUCUCGAUUUCUGGUCCUUCUACUCUUAGGAUGGCACCGGAGGUCGCUUCAGUAGAGAAUCGGGGGACCGGCUACGAUGGGAAGUGUGAUAUCUGGGCGGUGGGAAUUACGGCCAUCGAAUAUGCCGAGUUGCAGCCUCCGCUCUUUGAUUUGGAUCCUCUCAUGCUAUUUAUCUUGCCAACCACUGUCUUAGUCUUAUCGGAGGUCUUCCACGUCCUAGGUGUAUCAUUUCCCGCACUGCAUCGUGCCUCAGAACAGAAUUUCUCACCUAAGGACCCGUUUCUCACCUGUUCAUACAAGAAAAAGGCCUUACUUGCCGCUUACUACGCCAGGGCGCUUCAAUGUCUCGGAGCACGAAAUUACAAGCCACCAAACUUGAAGGAGCGAUCGAAGUGGAGCGGGGCGUUUCGAAAUUUCGUUAAACUUUGCCUCACCAAGAAUGAGCGCAAUCGUCCCGACGCAUCUGUCCUUCUAACCCAUUUGAAAGGCAAAGCAACCAAUGACGGUGGAUGUAAUAUUUACAGUAAAACGUCUUGGACUUCGGUGGUCGAUUUUCCUCUGAGACAGGCCCCGAUGGCAAAAGUGCUGCAAACCGUUGGUGUGGUUUUUGCGGUCGGCAACGCCAAGAAACCAAUAAUAAAUCCACCUGGAUUAAUUUCUUUUCCACCGCUACUGCCACAGCACGACUUCGUCUCCAAUCCAUUUCUCUCCAUCGCCUCCACCCGCGACCUCCUCGACCGUAAAUGCACUCUAGAGGAGCGAGAGAAGAUGGCGCUCGCAGCUACUCCUGCUCCCCUCGUUUCCGGUCCAAAGAUCAAGGUCGCUAUGGAGGCAGUACAACCUCAGCCGCCGCUACCACCGCCUCCUAUCCCACAGAAACCGCAGCAUCAGCAGCCGCAGCACUUAGUGGCUGCAGAACAACCCAUCUGGCCAGUUUCCGUGAGUCGAGAGCGACCACAGUCUCUUCUGGUGCAAAAUCGUCUACCUGAUCGGAAUGGCCGACCUGAAGAUGUGGAUCAGGCCAAUCGACGCGAACAGCAGGCCGAAAUCAACAUGACAGCAUCAGCGACGGCGGAGGUCGCAGAGGAUGAGAGUCCCCCGCCACAACCGCCUAGGUCACUAAAGGUUCUGAUUUCCGCAGCAACUAGCACCAGCGCAGCGUGCGCGAAGGGUGCACCACGUCUUCGUAUUGCCUCCCUUCGACGCCCUUCUGAACCGGCGGGUGGUCAGGAUCAACCAAUUACUUCUGCCGGAUGGCCGCCAGGGGAUCAUCGACUUCUGCCUGAGAAUUGUCUCAAUGAGAGCAGUGAGGACCUGGUUGCCGAAGUGCUGGACGAAUACGAGAAGCGACAGAGCCAACUCUUCUAUUCUCCUAUCGAUGGAAUGAUGGAUUCGGAAAUUGAGAUGGUUGAGGAAGCUGGGAGACUGAGCUUCUAUGAAUCGGAGAACUUUGAGGAUACUGAUGAAUUUGGUGGGACAAAUGGACUAGUUCCCUCAGCUGGUCUCAGCGACGAAGGUCUUUCCCGAAUGCGUUCUAAGCGCCGGGCACCCCUCCCUCCUCCUCUCCCUCCUAAAGGCGAGGCCCUUAAGGCUGUUGCUUCGGUGGCUUCAGCUUGUCAGUCAUAUGCCACUGCUCCCGGUCCCAUCAUUAGCACAACUUCGUCUACGUCGUCACAACAACAGCAGCAACAACCAAUGCAUGAUUUCGGCAUUUCGGCAACGGAUACCGAUAAUAGGGAUGCGAGGCGGUUGUCCGGAGGUGAUGGGGCGUAUCAGGCAAAGAGAACGGGGGUGGGUGUACCACCACCCCGUCCACCCCCUCCUAAAUUCGAUACGGCAUGUGGUCUGCUGACGGACUUUGAGAAGCGUGGAUUGAGGCAUGCGGAGAGGCAAUAUCAGAUGGAGCACGGAAUUGGGUUGCCACCUACGCCAAAAGUUCAUUUAAAUUAUUUCCUUCUCACUCGUCUUCCUCUUCGUCAGAUGGGCGCCUGCUUUACCCUCAUAUUUGAGGGUUGUCCUCUAAAGGUCAACGCCACGGCCACUUGGGUCAAUCCCCUUACAAAAGCGCAAAUGAUAAUUUUUGGCACCAAUGACGGCAUUUACUACCUCAACCUGCAGGAAUUAGCUGAUGCAACUUUGGAACUGUUGAUACCGAGACGGUGCAUUUGGUUGACAGUGUUCCGUGACACUAUGAUGUCAUUAUCUGGUAACACGCCACACCUCUACAGUCACAACCUUGUCAACGUCAUGAAGGCCAAGACUAGUCAAGACCUGGCCGGUGGUACCUUAACUGGGCGUCUGCCCACUAAACUCCUUCCCAAACGCUUCCAACCCACAGUGAAGGUGCCCAACACCCGCGGUUGCUACAUCGCUAGCGUAGUGCGUAACCCUAGCAACGGGAACAAGUACCUUUGCGCUGUUAUCGACAAAUCCAUUCUUGUCUUAGAGUGGUUUAACCCUCGCAGUACUUUCGUCGAAGUAAAGCGCGUGGAAGUGCCCUCAAUGCCCUCUCCAGUGUACAACUUUGACCUUGUCUGCAACCGCGAUCAGAGUCUGCCCACAGUGUGUCUGGGUGUCUACAAGACCUCUGAUCCCAACCGUUUUCGGCUUCACGUGGUCGAUCUCAACAAUGAUGCUAUUAAUCCUCCCCCUUACCCAUUUUCUCCCGAAGACUCCUUGCCCAUAGUCAAAGUGGCGCACAUCGACUACAGCGUUCUCAUGCUCUGUUUCCAAGAUCAUGCGAAAUUCGUCGAUUUCCGAGGCAACGUCUGCAGCAACCGGCAGCACAUCUCAAAAAUCACCUUCGGCACUCAUGUGGCAUCUGUCGUUUGCUUGCGCGACGGGAUCCUGGCUUUCCAUCCCUUUGGUUUGCGUGGUUUUGGAUUUGAUGGACAGCUCACACAGGACAUCAAUGAUCCGCAACACAUCUACCAGCUUCUAGGGAGUGAUAAGAAUAUCGUGGUCGAGAGUCGCCCGGUGGAUGAUCCAAUGUCCAAGUCCAACCUCUAUCUCCUCUUCGGCCACGAAAACUCCUAUUAA